AUACAAAGUUUGUGUUUGAUUGCGGUCAUAUUGUGGUGAGAUCCAUGCAGUAUGACCUGAACGUUUCGCUUCAGCUGCACAGAACACAAGUUUACAGCAAUGAAGAAGGAAUUUGGUUAAAAAUCGGCUAAAUAAAUAUAACCGGAAAAUUGCACGAGAUUUGAUCUGAAUUGAAACAAAAUAGCAGAACAAAGGGAGAGCACAACUAGCUGUUUUAUGUGAGUAAAUUGAGUUUAUUGGAUUUCAUAAAAAGGUCUAUAUAUAGCAGCUUUAACUCCUUUAACCAAUCAACGACCAAGGCAUGCGCGCUGCGUGCUCCAUAAAGGUGAAGAGGGUCGUGCGUCAUUCGCAAAAAAAUAAAAACACGGACGAAGAUAAGACAAUGCGCAGAGGGACUGUCUUUUCCUUUUAUUGUGAAUGCGUGAUCAAGGAACAGGAAUCUGGCGGUUUUUGAUUGUUUUAACCUUUGUAGCUGAAGCAUAUAAAGACCGUGCAAAGACUCCCGCCCUGCUGGAUCCAUCGCCGGCACCAGGCUGAGUCGCUUAAAGAUCUUCUGUACCGUCACAUCCCUCAGGAUCAGAUUCUUAUUAGUGACCGCGCACCGCUAGGGGAAUCACUUUACGCACAGGCACCAGCAGGCGCACAACGCGACCGUGGAGAUACUAGAUCCUCCUGUUGCGCCAUGGAGAACUCCAGCGCACAGGCAGCUGCCAUCGCGGACUUCAUCUCGUACACUUUAAGGCAAACUGUGGAUUCCCGGGGACAGAGUGUGAUAGAUGGGUUUUCAGUGACCGGUCGUGCCAUGUUCCUUGAAGGCAGCGAACUCAGGACAGAUGCUGGACUUGGAUUUAUGACCGCGCCCCACACAGAACCUCCUCACCUGGUACCUGCCUUCUGGGACUCCCCGCUCAGCCACAGCAUCAAUGUGUUCGUCGGACUGGUCCUUUGCUUCACCAUGCUGGGCCUCGGCUGCACUGUGGAGGUGAGCCAGCUCGGGGAACAUAUCCGCCGACCCAUCGGGGUGUUGCUGGCUUUGGUGUGUCAGUUUGUCAUCAUGCCCCUGGUGGCUUUUCUUCUGGCUUUAGCCUUCUCUCUGGAUGAUGUAGCAGCGAUGGCGGUCCUCCUCUGUGGCUGCUGUCCUGGAGGGAACCUGUCAAAUAUCAUGUCUCUGCUGGUGCACGGAGAGAUGAACCUCAGCAUCAUCAUGACCAUAUCCUCCACCCUGCUGGCGCUGGUCCUGAUGCCCGUCUGUCUUUGGAUCUACAGUCGGGCCUGGAUCAAUACGCCUGUGGUCAGUCUGCUGCCCUUCGGUGCCAUCAUCCUGACCCUGUGCAGUACUCUCAUCCCAAUUGGUCUGGGUGUUAUGCUGAGAUACCGCCACACCCGUGUGGCCGAUGUUGUUUUAAAGGCAUCCCUGUGGUCGCUGCUAGUCACCCUGGUGAUGCUGUUCAUCCUGACAGGAGUAAUGCUGGGGCCGGAGCUGCUCGCCACCAUCCCACCCUCUGUCUACGUGGUGGCCGUCCUGAUGCCUCUGUGUGGGUACGCUGCAGGCUAUGGCCUGGCUGUGCUGUUCGAGCUGCCCCCCAACAGCCGCAGGUCUGUAUCCAUGGAGACAGGGUGCCAGAAUGUGCAGCUGUGCACUGCCAUCCUGAAGCUGGCCUUCCCUCCACAGCUGAUGGGUGGGAUGUACAUUUUCCCCUUGCUGUACGCGCUCUUCCAGGCAGCUGAGGCCGGCAUUUUCAUCCUGGCCUACAGGCUGUACAGGAAGGAGGUUCUGCAUAAACCAGAUCCCUUGAUGAACGAUGAUGACACAGACAUAACAUAUCAAAGGUUCCAUGAUGAGGACUUUGAGCCAUCUUACGGUGCAGUUACAGUGAGUGACACAAACACCAUCAUGCUAGAGCCUUGUCCUCCUGAUCCCACUCCUGUGUAAUAUCUCAAAAGCAUAUUUCUUUGCUGCUGACAUAGCAGAAAAUAUGAGAACAUUUUGAUUGCUGUCACUCAUUAAAGAAAAAAACAGACGGGGCAAAAGAAUGUUUAACAUUGAUGUGAUGCUGAAAAAGGGUGCUUUAUGUCAAAAGCUUAAUUCAUUCAAGUUAAUCACUGAUGUGUAUUAAAAUGAAGCAACACUGUGGUUUCAUGUGGAGUAAAAAAGCAUUUACAAUCAUGUGUACGUUUUUAAAAUAGAGUCAUAAGGCUUAUUUAAAAAAAAAAAAAAAAAAACAUCUCUAAAUUAUCCAUGUGCCAAGCUGAUCAAACUGUAUCUGUACAUUACUGUAUAGAACAAUUAAAGACCUCUAUGUAGUCUA